UCAGCUGUGAAAAUGGAAAUACAAAAUGUACUCAUGAGGAGUUUGGUUGUCGUGGGGGUAUUUUCAUCAGUGAUCUGGACUAUUACAGAUGCUGAAAAGGUGAGCUCCUGCUGUAAACUUGUCUCCAGGACAGAAGUAACCGAUCCCAUUAUUGGUUUCAGGAUGCAAAAAUCUAAUCCUCCAUGUGUGAAGGCAGUCAUCUUUAAGACUGAAAAGGGGGAAUUCUGCAGUGAUUGGACACAAAAAUGGGUUUUGAAGAAAAUUCGCCAGUUUCUAAGUGCUCAAAGGAAAAAGAUUGCUGAAGAACGAGUGAUUGAACACCUGACCUCACCGACACCAACAACAUCCAUUACUGACACCACUCUUGUGGGAAGAUCUACCCAAUCUACCCAAAGAUCAACCCAAGAACUUACACAAGGAUCCACUCAAGAACUUGCACAAGGAUCCACUCAAGAACUUACAAAAGGAUCCACUCAAGAACUUACACAAGGAGCCACUAAAGAACUUACACAAGGAUCCACUCAAGAACUUACAAAAGGAUCCACUAAAGAACUUACACAAGGAUCCACUCAAGAACUUACACAAGGAUCCACUCAAGAACUUACACAAGGAUCCACUCAAGAACUUACACAAGGAUCCACUCAAGAACUUACAAAAGGAUCCACUAAAGAACUUACACAAGGAUCCACUAAAGAACUUACACAAGGAUCCACUCAAUAACUUGCACAAGGAUCCACUCAAGAACUUACACAAGGAUCCACUAAAGAACUUACACAAGGAUCCACUAAAGAACUUACACAAGGAUCCACUCAAGAACUUGCACAAGGAUCCACUCAAGAACUUACACAAGGAUCCACCCAAGGGUUUACCCAAACAACUGACAGCUGAUCAUGAACGUCGAGAAGUUUUUGUUGUUUAAUUAUUUUAAUUUUAAAGUUUUUACAUUAGGCAAUACAUUUAUAUUUAAACUGAAUAUUUAAAAUUGAAUAUUGUGAAAAUAUCUUUGAUGUAGGGUUAAUUGUCAUUGACAAUCAGUUAAUUUAUUCCACUUGUAAGAACUGAGAAACAGUAAAAUUGUAAUAUUAUAAUGUUUAGAAAAGUAAUGUGAUAUUUAGAGUAUUGUUUAGAGAGUGUUGUGUCUGAAUAUUCCAGGAGAUCAGCAGUUACAGAGAUACUCAAACAGCCGUCUGGCAAACACAGCCAAGCUACAGUUGAAUUCACUGAGAUCAUAUUUUCCCCCAUUCUGAGGGUUGAUGUAACUAUAAACUGAAGAUUCUGACCUGUAUCUGCAUGAUUUGAUACACUGCACUGCUGCCACACGAUUGGCUGAUUAGAUAAUCGCAUGAAUAAGUAGGUGUACAGGUGUACAGAUCUGUAGCCAAGAUUUUAAGGGAUGUGCCUAUAGUAAAACUGACAUUGAAAAAUAUACUAAGAAAUAUUUGCUUAAGUAAAGA